UUGUAGCCAUGAUCACCUUGAACCUGGUGCGCUAAGACACAAGAUCUGCCUACUUGUCAGUUUACUGCGAGCGCUCCACAUGGCUGGAGAGUUGGAAGUACUGUGCAGGGGACUGGAACUGGACCCUCUACCACCAGCACGCAAGCGGGACGAGUCCCUGCCUCAUGCCCCGAUAAGGGGCCACAGCCUCACUGUCCCGGAGCAAAGAAUGGCGGUACAGAAUGCCCUGCGCUACAUCCCGCCCAGCGCCCAUCGCGUCCUCGCGGAGGAAUUCGCAUCGGAACUGAGGAACUACGGCCACAUCUACAUGUAUCGGUUCCUUCCGCAGUUUCCAGUCAGAGCCUACCCGUUGAAGGACUUCCCCGCGAAAAGCAAGCACGCAGCCGCCAUGAUGCUCAUGAUACUCAACAAUUUGGACCCUCAAGUGGCACAGUUCCCUCAGGAGCUCGUGACUUACGGUGGCAACGGACAAGUGUUCUCCAACUGGGCGCAGUUCUGGCUGACUAUGCAGUACUUGUCCCAGAUGAACGAAGAACAGACUCUGGUAAUGUAUUCUGGGCACCCCUUGGGGCUGUUUCCUAGCAACUACGGAGCCCCCCGGAUUGUCAUCACGAACGGAAUGGUGAUUCCCAAUUACUCCAGCAGACAGAAUUACGACAACAUGUUCGCGCUAGGGGUAACCAUGUACGGGCAGAUGACUGCCGGCAGUUACUGCUACAUCGGUCCACAAGGCAUCGUCCACGGUACAAUGAUUACGGUGUUGAACGCAGGCAGGAAGUACCUGGGGACGGAUGACCUGGCGGGCAAAGUGUUUGUCACCUCAGGGCUCGGAGGCAUGAGUGGCGCGCAGGCCAAAGCAGCCGUCAUUGCGGGUUGCAUCGGAAUCGUUGCAGAGGUCAGUCUGGACGCCGUGAAGAAGAGACACGCCCAAGGCUGGCUUCACGAGAUGGAGUCAGACCUGGACCAGGUGAUACUGAGGAUACGAGUGGCGAGGAAGGCCAAAGAGGCGGUCAGCAUAGGUUACCAUGGCAACGUAGUGAAUCUGUGGGAACGUCUGGUGGAGGAAUAUGAGAGGACUGGCCAAUUACUGGUGGACCUAGGCUCCGAUCAAACCUCGUGUCACAACCCCUUUAACGGGGGAUACUACCCCGUUCAGCUGGGGUACGAGGAAUCGCAAGAGGUGCUGGCCGCGGAGCCGGAUCGGUUCAGGAACCUUGUGCAGAAGAGCCUAGUCCGUCAGGUGACGGCCAUCAACAAGCUAGCGGAGGGCGGGAUGUUCUUCUGGGACUACGGCAACGCGUUCCUGCUGGAGGCUCGACGUGCCGGAGCGGACGUGGGGGUGGAAGGAGACCCCACGAGUCUGAAGUUCCGAUACCCAUCCUACGUGCAGGACCUCAUGGGGGACAUCUUCUCGCUCGGUUUCGGCCCGUUUCGAUGGGUCUGCACCUCGGGGAACCCUGCUGACUUGCAAGUGACGGACCAGCUGGCUGUCCGCGUCAUCGAAAACAUACUUGCAGAGGAAGUGCCCCCCGUGGUGGAAACGCAGUACCAGGACAACUUGCGGUGGAUCCGAGAGGCCGGUCAGCAUCACUUGGUGGUGGGGUCUCAGGCGCGCAUCCUUUACUCGGACAGAGUGGGCAGAACUCGCCUGGCGCAGGCAUUCAACUGCGCCGUGAGGGACGGAACACUUCAGGCCCCCGUCGUCAUCAGCCGUGACCAUCACGACGUUAGUGGGACAGACAGCCCUUACAGGGAAACUUCCAACAUCAGUGACGGUUCAGCCUUCACAGCAGAUAUGGCCGUCCAGAACUGUAUAGGAGACGCCUUCAGGGGUGCAACUUGGGUGGCUUUACACAACGGCGGGGGAGUCGGGUGGGGCGAGGCCGUGAACGGGGGCUUCGGCCUGGUUCUGGAUGGCACAGAGGAGGCUGCCAGGAGAGCCGUCCUCAUGUUGGCCUGGGACGUCAGUAACGGAGUGGCCAGGAGAUGCUGGUCGGGGAACAAGAAUGCGCUCCUGGCCACGCAGGCAGCCAUGGAGGAGGACACGCUGCUGCGCAUUACGCUGCCACAUGAAGUACAAGACGAGGAGUUGCUCGAGGCCGUUGUUGCCACCCAAACGCCCCAAAUAUGGAACGCAUGAAAAAAUGGCGUAAGUCCACUAUUAAACUCCGUUCCGAAAAACGGAGAAUGAAAAAGUGUACCUCAUUUUCGGGUGUACACAUUUAUAAAUAUAAAAUUCGUUGCGAUGUAACCAAUCGCAACUCGCUUGUGCUAUGCUGAUAUUCGUUUGCUGCUGCCAAGCAAUUAACGAAAGAGACAUCUCGCUGCAUAAUAAACACCAUGUAAAUAUAUACUGCAUUUUCAUUCGAAAACAAAGAAAAACUAUAUGGAGAACUAGGCGUAAAAUUAAGGGUAAUAUUAAAAUCGAUAUAAAAGAUUGGUUGCGAAAAUAAGAAACGAACCGCGUGGAACGGCAGAAUUAAGAAACGAUGAUGGCAAAUCUUCCGGGAAGAGAAUUCCUUCCAGAUAGUCGCUAAACUACUCAAGAAAUUCCCGCAUUUCAUGGCAUCCGGAGACUUUAACACUGAAAGAGAUUUCAGGCAUUCCCGGCGGUGAAAAUGUUUACAAUGAUCUUCUGGGCUGUGAAGCCGCGCGGUUCACGUCUCACACGUUAAUUUUAACCUCGCAUCUCAAGCGUGUUGUAUCUCUCAUUCUCCUUGCUCUGACCACCAUUAUAAAAUCCGGUGAAGAAAACAAAUUAUAAAGCUCCUCAUUAAUUAAUUUUCUCCUUCAUCCUACGACUUCCUUUGUCUUGGGUCCAGAUAUUAUGCUCAGUACUUUAUACUACAAAUCUUUCAUCUGCAUUCUUUCCUUAGCGCGACAGAUCAAGUUUCACACCCACAUAAAACAACGAACAAAUUUACCGAGAGUACAAAUGUCGAGUAACGCGUAUAGACAGUCGAAUAAUUAGUUCGGAGUACCAAAAUGCCCUGAAGGGCGACAAAUCCCGCUUCAGCCAUACAUAUCAGGCCGUCGCAACACCCAGUCAUAUAUCUGAAAUGGGCGUGUCUCAUGACGAGAGGAAUGUGGCGGCUGAGCAUAUGGUUGUGGAAAAAAAAAAAAUGUACAGCCCUCUUUAAAAUUUCAAGCUUGGAUAUAAUGUACGUCACAGGGGAAAUGACAUUUAUUUCAUCAAGUACAGACAGGACUUGUUACCAUGGGAACCUGCCACAGUUUCUUCACUGUAGGCUGCAUAACAACAUGCAAAGGAUUACUACAAGAUAUUCACAAACCCGUUCUUUCAUAAUUCGUAUACUUUACACGAUCUGAUCAAGCAACUCCCAGCCUGUUAUGAAAACUAAAGGUUUAUUAUCGUGUUCAAAAAUGCCCGCCACCGGUCCCUAAACGAACUUUCCAACCAACGACUAACACUAUUAGAAAACAAAUUAUUAUUCCUCAUAUUUCCUAAAAUAAUCACCAUAGUCUACAGAAAUAUGUUU